AUGUCCAUUCGAACGAUUCGCGCCACCAUGGACCAGGAUGAAGCCAUCCUGCUCGCUGAUGUCAUUGCCCACCUGUCGAAGAGCGGGUCGCUGCGCGAGCGUGAGGAGAAGCGCCAGCAGCUAGAGGAGCAACUGGAGAAGGUUGAGCUCCAGGUUGGGGAGCUCGUGGAAAAGCACAGCGAGAGCUUUUACCGAGCACUACGCUCCUUUGUGGACAUGACAGAGCACAUUGACAGUGCCAAAGCGAAAGCUGUUGCUGUGCGCGAGGCCUUGACGGCCUCCCGGACCAUGCUCACGGUCCAGCAAAAGCAGAUUGACCGGCUCUGGGGCGAAUCGCAAGAACAAAAACAUCUUAUCCAAAUCCUUGAUUCAAUCGCAGAGCUCAAGCAGGUUCCCGCGCAAGUGGACCAGUUCCUGCAGCGCCGAUCCUACGUGCACGCCGCUCUGCUGUUGUCUUCGAGCUUGCGCAAGCUUCAAGAUUUUCGCGACGUCGUUGCUCUUCAGGAUUUCCGUGUUCAGCUCGAAAGCCGGCGCCAAACCCUGCACCUCGAACUCCUGGAAGAGCUCAUGAACAUUGUUUUUCUCCGUGACAAGUCCACACGCGAACAGUUUGACUACAUGGAUGAUUUCAUCGGACUUUUGCAAAAUAGCUCAGAUGCGGAGAAGCGUGACAAUCUGGUCGAUCGCAUUCUCAACGUGCCCGAGCCCUCGGAAGGCGAUCCCAAAAAAGAUGUCAAGCAAUGCUUGGCCUUUAUCGUGCAGGCCUUGGCCGUUUUGGGCCGCGUUACUGACGUGAUCAAUCUGGUUGGCGCCCACCUGCGCACCGAACUCAGCAUCCUCAAGGACCGUGCCCUAUCUGUGGUGCGCCGUGAUCUAGUUGAACACAUGCCAAAGUCUCCCGCUUAUCGCACCAUCCUGACACAAAAUAAAGAGGAUAAUGUGGCCCUGUCGCCACACGUCUUUUUUCACGCCAUUUCUCAAGUCCUGCUUCAGUUUCGGCGCGUUUUACGAGCACAUGCCUGCCUGCUGGCCUUGUCCAACCGGCAAAACAGCAAAACGACCACGGCGGCCAACAGUACGCCCAAAUAUGAGCUCAAACAACUGUGGCUCGCCAUUCAGACGGAAAUCUCCGUGCUCCUGGCCACCUAUCUCGACAUUGGCGAUGAGUCGCACUCGCUCAUCCUCUCGUGUGUGGCUCAGGGCGAGCGCCCGCCCAAGACCGCGCUACUUACAUCUUCCAGUGGAACUGCGGCGUUCCAGAUGGAAGAUGUAGCCGCCCAUUUCAUUCAUAAAGCCAAGGAACGGGAAAAGGACAAGCCCAUGGAGCCUCUAUUUGCCUUUGCCAACUCCCUCAACGCCAUUCGAGACACGGAAGCCUUGGCUGAGCGCCGCUUGGCCAACGACGAUGACAAGGAUCGCGGAACGGCACCUGGCGAUAACUACACAACUGCACGUGGCGUUCAUGAGCAACUUUCGUGCUCGCGUCACGUUGCCAACAUUCUUGCCGCUUUCAAACCCAUUUUCCGUUUUUGUCAAGAUACGGAAGACGUUAUGCACUUUACGGCCAUGAAAUCAGGCUUGAUGUUGUUUGUCGACUCGUACAUGCGGGUCCGGUUCUUUGCACACUUGCAAGAUGCCGUGCGACGUCAGUUCCAGUCCGUUACGGGUGAUGCCGGUUUUAGCAUCGAAGAAGCCCACUACGAAGCUACGCCCGGAAAGUUGAUUGGACAGCUAUUGGCGGUAUUGCAUGAUGUACCUGCCUUUCUCAACGAGAUUGCACGCACUAUGCACGAUGAAAUCCUUCUCAAGUACCUCAAGUUUUGUCAGUUACGCUUUAGAGUGUUGACAAAGGCUCCCGUGGGGGCUUCCAAAACCUCAAAGGGAGAUGCCGUGGUGGCCAUGGAUUGGGCCGUUCAUCCUCGCAUACGCCAGCGCCUCACGAGCUCAGAGGCUUGGAUCAAGGUGUACGGUGAGCCAGAGGGCUUGGUCGCGACGGAUGAUGAGGAUUGGCUAAUUUUAGGCUUUGGAGAGGAGCCCGUUGAUCAGACCGUGGCGCGCGCUGCCAAGCAGGCAGCAGACGAGGCCAACACCAUCAUUAAGGUUUUGGGUGACCAGAUGCUGGAAAAGGGUGACAUUGUCGCUGAAGUGGCCAACAUUCGCUCGAUGGGCCAGUUAGCUGAGUCGUUGACAUGGCUGCUCGACUAUGUCAAGGGCGUCAUUGUAGCGCUCAACGAUAAGCCGCACACACUUCCCGAACUCUGGGGCAAGGGCGUAUCACCCAUUCUGAAAGCAGACAACAACACGGCCACGCGCAUGUUGGAGCGCAAUAAGUUGGCGCAAGUGACGAGCAAGUUGCAAGCCACGGUGGCUGAUCUGGAGACAAUGUGUCACAAUUCGAUUCUUUUCCUCAAGCUAGAUGUGCGCGCACGGUGUCUUCAUUUCUUGCUUCCAGUCCUCAAGUUCACAUCCUACUAUUGUGAGGCGGACGCCGUGGAAACGGACCCACGCAUCAUUGACCUGAAUCGCAACCUGCUGGCUGUCGAGGAAGCCCUCUAUGGUGUUUUAUCCGAGGCUCGUGCGGCACUGGUCUUGGAAGGUCUGGACUCGUUCGUCGCGAGCGUCUUGAUUCAUGGCCUGCGGUGGAUCAAGCGCUACAACGAUCAUGGCAUUAAACGCAUGAAGCGCAACAUCUUUGCCAUUCAGCAGUACUUUGCCAGCUCUAAAAUGUCGCACACCAUUGUGCUGACGCGGGCCAUGCAGUACUACGACUUGCUUUUCCUGACGGAACGAGACAUUAUUGCCAGCAUUUUGAAUGGUGCGGCCACCUUUACGGAAGACCAGUACCGAGUGAUUUUCAACCUGCUUCAUGCCAAUGCCAAGGUACCAAAUGCUCGUGAACAUCAAGAGUUUUUGGAGCACUUGCAUGCAGCAUUGCAUCGCGUCGUGUGA